UCAAGACAACUGACCACGGUUUGAGUCUGUAGUCGUGCAAAGUAACGACGAAAGAGGAAAGAAUGUCCCAUUGUCGUCAUUUCUAUCUUUUGUUCGUAGCGCUACUAGUCGGAGCGGUUUCUCAACAUGGUACGAAGGCUGACAGCGAAGCCUGUUUCGUGGAAUCUCUCCGUAAAAUGGUUGCUGAAUUGAACGUGACGACGCAGGAAAAAAAGGCAGAAGUCGCUGGCUUGAAAAAUGAAGUGAAGAAUGAAAGAGAAAAAAGAAUUAAGUUGGAGGAGGAAAACGCGAAAUUGCGAAACAAACUUCAAACAAACAACGUCCGUCUCAACGACACCUCAAUAAGCUUGACGCAACAAGUACAAGACGCCAAGUGUCAACUGCAAACCCGAAACCGACAAAUCCGUUCCUUGCAGAAUGUUUCGCUACAAUUGCAAGCGCACGUUACGCAACUCCAACAGAGCAACUGUGUGCUAAAUCGGACUGCAGAAAGUUUGACAGAAGCAGUAGCUUAUCUUGGUAGGAACGAAACGCACGAAGGCGGUGCCUUUCCUCCAUGUUCCAAUUGCACAGAAGGAAUGAUGACAUCUAACGACUCUGUGGUACUUGGUAACUCGUCUUCGUCGCCUGAAUCGACCUGUAAAGAGAUAGCUCUCAGGUAUAAUUCAUCGUCUCACAAUGGAAAAUAUUGGAUUAAACCAUCUAGUGACGAUCCACCAUUUCAGGUAUACUGCGAUGCAAAUGAAGGGUGGAGUUUGAUCAUGAAGAUAGAUGGAAAACAGCAAACGUUUGACUACGACAGCGACUUGUGGUCGAACAAGAAUACAUUUCAAUUAAAUAACACAGAUUUGGAUGACAAAGAAACGAAAUUGGCUUCGUAUUGGACGCUACCAUUUACUGAACUUCGUCUAGGAAUGAAAAAAGUAAAUGGAACAAUCAGAUGGAUCACAUUCAGCUAUAGCGCAUCAUCUCUCCACAGUCUUAUUGCUGAUGGACAGUACAGAAGCACGAGUAUUGGAAAGACUACGUGGAGAAGUUUACUGCCAAACUCAUCUCUACAAACAGAUUGCAACAGGGAAGGAUUCAACGCAAGAAGUUUUAACCUUGAAAAUGCUGCAAAAGCUCGUCUGGGACUUAUUGCUAACAACGAUGGCGGAUGUGCUUCUCCAGACUCUUUCCUUGGUUUCGGAACACAAAUACGGACAAAGUCACCCAAUAAUAGUGCUGGGAACUACGCAUGUUGCUCUCCAGACAAUGGUGAUGUAAACAUCAAAACAAUUGGCUACAUCAUGGCACGUUAAGAGAGACACACCACACUAUUGACAUGUAUAUAAAUGCUAUUUACCGCUUAGUGUAGAUUAACUGCUAGCAACAAUAACGGUUUCUAAGAUAGCAUACUCGCACGCUGGUUAAGAAUGUCAACAAAAUAGUAAAAUAUAUAUUCCGGACAGUAAUACA